AUGGCAGGACCACCACCGUCAGGUCAGGGCCAGGGGCAGCCUUCCCUGAACCCUCUCGGCGUACAAUUCUUCUCCAGCCUGGAAGGGCUCGAGCUUAUCACGUCCACCGAUAGGCAAUUCAUCCGAGGUCAGAACCUUGUCGGGGCGGUUCGCCUGCAGUUCGUUAGGCCGGCGUACUUUGACGACCAAGGGGGAGAGCAUGCAGAGCUCCUUGAUGGUCAAAGUGACCUCGACAUACCAUUGUCAAUGCACGUAUACCCUUUCCCAGACAUUGAAGAGUGGGAAAAUCAAUGUUUCUUCUUUGACGUGCAGCUGCAUCCUUACCAACUGCACUUUCGUCGCAAAAUCGUGGAUGGCGACGAGUCGAUUGUCGGAUCGUGGGAAGACUUGUAUGGAAAGCUGGCACAGGUCCGUGGACAGAUGUGUCUCCAACCUGUUGCAGAAAGGUCUCUGAGGCACGCGGGUGGUUGCUUCCCCACCAUCGCGCCGCGCGCUAGCUUUCAAGGACCCAUCGACACGACGACCUUCAGGUUCAAAGCCGGCUCGUUAUCAGAAAACCAACUAAAGUGCUGCGGCUUUGUCCAAUGCCAGACGUACCUAGCACCGCCCCGUGACAGUGACCCGCCUUUCAAGGGAGGCCAGAUAUUCCACAUAUUGGCGUACAUGCCAUACGAUCAACAACCUUGGAAGAGUCGGAUCGGCUGGAUGAAAGCUUCGGCAGAGGGUGGCUUUGUGUCCAGAAAGUGGAUGUACGGAAGGGGAAGCAUCAUCGGCGUGCUGAAUGUCGCACUGCUCGAGAAGGAGCCUGAACCCGGACAGGACAUAUUGGUCGUGCUCGUUGAUGAGUUUGGUUUUACCUCGAGGGCGACGUUCGACGGCGGCGGCAGUAACGGAAGCGGCCUUUCUCCGCAGAAACCAAGGCAAGAGCCGGGCAAAAAUCGAAGCCCCUUCAGCAGCAGCCCGGUCGGCCCGUCUUGGAGGCGACCGUCAGUGCCAACCAGUGCUGGAACGGGAGCGGGGAGGGAGAGGUCAGGGGGGAAGGCAACAGAAGAGGCGGAUUGCUCAGCAAUAACGAAGCGGCUCUUCGUAUCGCAACGGGAUCCACCCGGUUCGUGUUUCUGAAGACGAGGGACAAGAAACGAUCCGUCUAACUAGGGAUUUAGCAGGUUCCACAUCGGAUGAGACAGAGGUGGUUUGCGCAGGUAUGUGGUCACAAUGAGAAACAGUCCCACGGCGUGAGACUUAGUCUCACUGGCAGAUACAGAGGAGUCGGUGACGGUGUCGACAGAGUCUGAAGAACACGAGGCGCCGGGUCAAGGCAGGAACCCCCUGAAACGAGGCGCUGGUGCGGGCAGAGAAGGGGCGCCAAGGAAGAGGGUGAGCUCGUGGAAGGUUCAGAACGCCCACGGCACUUGAAGACAGAAUGGUUCUUUCCGUAGCAGUAUUCGGUCGUGUUCUGCCACCUUCAAUCCUGACCACAGAGUAAAGCCCCACUUUCUCUCC